UCGGUACCCUCUCAACGGGGGGAGAAUGUUACGCCAUGCGGCUUACCAUAGGUCAUAUUCUUAACUAUCGAUCGCGGCACUAUAAUGUCGCAGACGGAUCGUCGUGUCUGCCCGGCAAACAAACAUUGUAGUGGCAAGCGCAUGGUUCAUUAAGCAGGGCGACUUCCAGAAACGUCGACUCGUGGUCGUUAUUUUACCUCGCGUAAAAGAAUGUGGCGUGAUCCGAACGUAGUGGGGGUCGCCUUCCAGAAAAAACGAAAAAAAUCGAAAGGCGUUCAGAACUUUUCGAGAAGUCGAACCGUCAACACAUGUGGCGAUUGGCCAUGGAUCGCUGCAUUAGGUUUUCGUAAUCCCCGAAACCCAGACAAACCACUAUGGAAGUGCGGAGGUUCCCUGAUAUCGGCUAGGCAUGUUUUGACCGCAGCACAUUGUGCACAUAUGGAUGGAAUAGAAAACAUACACAAUCAUAAUAUUGCCAUUCUUAGAUUGGUGGAGGAGGUGCCAUUUUCGAGGUACGUAUAUCCCAUUUGUACGAAAGAGCCCCUACGAAAGAGCAACUUCGUCGGCUAUAACCCCCUUGUUGCUGGAUGGGGAGCAUUAAGAUAUAGACGACCACGACCUAAUGCAUUAAUGGAAGUACAAAUGCCAGUGAUUAAGAACGCCGAAUGCAAAAUAGCUUAUUCCAAAUUUCCUAAUGCACCUGAUAUCACUGAUGGUAUAAUAUGCGCCGAACAUGCUCAGGGUGGAGAGGAUUCUUGUACGGCUGACCGCGGCGGACCACUGCUGAUACAACAUGAAUUAACCUCGUAUUUAAUAGGUAUUGUGUCUUAUGCUUAUAAGUGCGGCACAGCUGGGUAUCCCAGCGUUUACACUAGGGUCACAUCGUACCUUGACUUCAUUCUCCAAGCGAUGCAAUAAUAUGAUAUUACUGUUCCAUAAAUAUCAUUGUGUAAAAAACGUAAAGUUGGAUUUUCUUAUUGUGGAGAUAAGAAACAGCUCAAAUUUACAUUGUUUUGUACGUUACAAAUUAUAGGCUUAAAAUGUACGAAAUGUAACUUUGAAACGACACUAAUUUUUUACGCACGAUAAACCUCCACGACUUAGAUUAUAGAUUCCUAUACGACUCUCAGUAAAAAUUUAUCCGCACUCCAGAUAGUUAAAACUUCUGUCGACCGUAUUGAUCCAU